AGCUGUCCCGGACAGUGCUUCGGACCUCUAGCUAAUCAGCCCCUCUCUCUUCACCUUAAACACACAGACGCUCCAGACAUCUUGCCCGUCCAGUUCCUGCUGGGGAGAAGCAUCAUGCUGAGCAAGGAUCUUCCUGACAUCGAGAGCAUUCUGGCUCUGAAUCCCAGGGUGAAAAGUGACGUGCAGGCCAUUUCCACGGCGGCAAAGAAGAAAGAGAAAAAACACUGGAAGAGGAACCCUGAUAGGAGCUGUGAUUCUUGUGUGAAGCUGGAGAACAACUUUGAUGAUAUCAAACACACAACGCUCAGUGAACGCGGGGCCCUUCGAGAGGCACUGAGGUGUCUAAAAUGUGCUGAUGCCCCCUGUCAGAAGAGCUGUCCUACUAAUCUGGAUAUCAAAACAUUUAUUACCAGUAUCUCCAAUAAGAACUAUUAUGGGGCAGCACGGGCCAUUCUAUCUGACAACCCCCUGGGUCUGACCUGUGGGAUGAUUUGCCCCACCUCAGAACUGUGUGUAGGGGGCUGCAACUUGUAUGCCUCUGAGGAAGGGCCUAUUAAUAUAGGAGGGUUACAGCAGUUUGCUACAGAGGUCUUCAGUAAGAUGGGCAUCCCUCAGGUUAGGAACCCUGAGCUGCCACCGCCCAGCGAGAUGCCAGAGUCUUAUCACGCCCCUAUUGCUCUGAUUGGCUGUGGCCCUGCGUCAAUCAGCUGUGCUUCUUUCUUGGCUCGCCUUGGAUAUGAUAACAUCACCAUCUUUGAGAAACAAAAGUACAUUGGAGGACUGAGCACCUCAGAGAUCCCUCAGUUCCGUUUGCCCCACGAGGCCGUUGAGUUUGAGCUCAACCUUAUGAAAGACCUGGGAAUCAAGGUCAUGUGUGAAAAGGGUCUAGGUGUUAAUGGCAUGAAUCUGACUUCCCUGAAAAAGGAAGGAUUCAAGGCAGUCUUCAUCGGUAUUGGUCUUCCUCAGGCCAACAGGGCUACAAUCUUCCAUGGUUUAACUGUAGAACAAGGAUUCUUCACCUCCAAAGACUUUUUGCCCAUGGUGGCAACAGCCAGCAAGCCAGGGAUGUGUAGCUGUCGCUCGACUCUCCCCCAGCUUCAUGGAGUGGUGAUAGUUUUAGGGGCAGGAGACACAGCAUUUGACUGUGCUACAUCAGCCCUGCGCUGUGGAGCCAAGAGAGUCUUUGUCUGCUUCAGGAAGGGGUUUACUAACAUCCGAGCUGUUCCUGAGGAGAUGGAGCUUGCUAAGGAGGAGAGGUGUGAGUUCCUUCCCUUCGUGUCUCCUCGUGAGGUCAUUUUGAAAAACGGCCGUGUUUCUGGCCUACUGUUGUGUCGCACAGAGCAGACGGAGGAAGGUGAUUGGCUGGAGGAUGAGGAGCAAAUUGUCAAGUUAAAAGCUGAUUACAUCAUUAGCGCCUUUGGCUCUAUGCUCAAUGACCCGCAAGUGACUGAGGCCAUGGCUCCCAUAAAGCUGAACCGCUGGGGUACUCCAGAGCUGGACACAGACACCAUGCAGACCAGUGAACCCUGGGUAUUCGCAGGGGGAGACAUUGCUGGUCUGGCUAACACCACUGUGGAAUCUGUCAAUGAUGGCAAACAGGCCUCCUGGCAUAUUCACAGAUAUAUACAGUCCCUGUAUGGACAGAUGGUGGACUCAGUUCCCAAGCUACCAUUGUUCUACAGUGCUAUAGAUGAAGUGGACAUCAGUGUUGAGGUUUGUGGGAUUAAGUUUCCCAAUCCGUUUGGUCUGGCGUCUGCUCCUCCCACCACCAGCGCAGCAAUGAUCAGAAGAGCAUUUGAACAAGGAUGGGGCUUCGCUCUGACCAAAACAUUUGGACUGGACAAGGACCUGGUGACCAAUGUGUCUCCUCGUAUAGUGCGUGGGACCACCUCAAGCCAUUUGUUUGGACCAGGCCAGGGCUCUUUCCUCAACAUCGAGCUCAUCAGUGAGAAGACGGCUGCCUAUUGGUGUCAGACAGUAGCUGAGCUCAAGCGGGACUUCCCAAAAAAUGUGGUGAUCUCCAGUAUAAUGUGUGCCUAUAACAAGACUGACUGGACUGAACUGGCCAAGAUGGCAGAGGCAUCUGGAGCUGACGCGUUGGAGCUGAACCUGUCUUGUCCUCAUGGCAUGGGAGAGAGAGGAAUGGGGCUGGCCUGUGGGCAGGACCCAGAGUUGGUGCGUAACAUUUGUCGAUGGUUGCGUGCAGCCAUUUCUAUUCCAUUUUUUGCCAAACUAACACCAAAUGUCACCAACAUUGUUGACAUCGCCAAGGCUGCUCAUGAAGGCGGGGCAGAUGGAGUAACAGCCACCAACACUGUCUCAGGCCUGAUGGAAUUGAAGGCAGAUGGAUCCCCCUGGCCAGGCGUUGGAAGGAGCAAGCGCACAACAUAUGGAGGCGUGUCUGGUAAUGCAAUACGACCCAUAGCUCUCAAGGCAGUAUCGGCCAUUGGCAAAGCACUUCCUGGUUUUCCUAUUCUGGCCACCGGUGGCAUCGACUCAGCAGAGGCAGGUCUCCAGUUCCUCCACGCUGGGGCCUCGGUGCUGCAGGUAUGCAGUGCAGUACAGAAUCAGGACUUUACAGUGAUUGAGGACUACUGUGUGGGUCUGAAGGCAUUGCUGUAUCUUAAGAGCCUGGAAGAGUUAAGAGACUGGGAUGGCCAGUCACCUCCAACACUGAAACAUCAAAAGGGCAAACCAAUUCCCAGAAUAGAAGAACUGGUCGGAAAGAGCCUGCCUAGCUUUGGCCCCUAUCUCAAGCAGAAGACUGAUGCCAUUGCUGAGUACAAGAAAAAACUAAGAGACACCUAUACCAGUAUUGAUGUGGAAACCAACAGCAUCGGAGUCAACAAGCCCAAAAAAUCUGUUCCUGCUGUAAAGGAUGUGAUCGCAAGAGCGCUAAGCCACAUUGGAGCAUACCAUGAACUGAACAACCAGGAACAGGUCCAGGCUCUGAUAGAUGAGGAUAUGUGCAUCAACUGUGGCAAAUGUUACAUGACUUGUAAUGACUCUGGAUAUCAGGCUAUAACAUUUGAUCCAGAGACCCACCUCCCUUUUGUGACCGACAGCUGCACUGGUUGUACUCUCUGCUUCAGCGUCUGUCCAAUCAUAGACUGCAUCAAGAUGAUUACCAGGAGCACACGCUACGAACCUAAGAGGGGUGUGCCCAUCAACCCUGUCUGCUAGUGAAGUUCGUUCAGUAAAAAAUAGAUAUAUACCGGAUGUUGUAGCCACCUGCAACUUCCUCAUAAUCCAGGUGACCAUUUUCACUUUCUGUCAGUGAUGUUUUGAUUCCAAACCAAUGUCUAAAUAAUGUAUCUCCUGCAUUAGUUUCCCUGAAUUUGACCAUUGACCCAUAUAUUCAGAAUAAACUGGAUAAUUUGACUCAGGUCUCUGGAUUGUGAAAUAAAAACAUGCUUGUAGGCUACCAGCCUUAUGGUUUACAGUGUUCAGUCUGCCACACAUUGCCUUCUAACAUACCAUUCAACAUCGUUUCACUUUUGCGUGCUGACUGUAAACAUCAAACUACAGUUCAUUAUUCACCCUACAGGAUAUUGCUUACCAACUUAUUAUUUGAUAGUAUUUUGUUCAGCCUACAGUACCUUACAUGGGGAUGCACUCUAAUCGAUGAGUUCUCCAAAUUAAAUGGUCACUAGAAUGAUGAUAGAAGGUCCUGGGUUCGAACCCUGGGGUAGUCCAACCUUGGGGAUCAUCCUGGGUCAUCCUCUGUGUGGAGUUUGCAUGUUCUCCCCGUGUCUGCGUGGGUUUCCUCCGGGUGCUCCGGUUUCCUCCCACAGUCCAAAGACAUGUAGGUCAGGUGAAUCGGCUGCACUAAAUUGUCCCUAGGUGUGAAUGUGUCGGCCCUGUGAUGGACUGGCGGCUUGUCCAGGGUGUCUCCCCGCCUGCCGCCCAGUGACUGCUGGGAUAGGCUCCAGCAUCCGUGACCCAACUUCAGAUAAAUGGCUUGGAUAAUGGAUGGAUAGUAUGAUGAUUUUUGUUUCACUGGUCCAUACAUUGAGGACUGAUGGGCAAAUAAAAUCUAUGAAGAAGGCAAUAUGGUUGCAUUUAAAAAGCAAUCCUCACUUAAGUUCAGCUUGGUUUUAAUUUUUUUUCCCCAUAUGUUAUUAUCUGUAACAGUAGAGUGUAGCUUUAAUUGGCUAUGAGUUAAAGGGGAUUUUGGUUAAAAUAAUAGAAAUUAAGUAAACGGUAAUAAUGUUGCUUAAUAUACUAGUGCAUGUGUUUAUGUACAAUGUAAUCAAACCUCCAUCACAGACAGCCAACACUUAAAGGUUUUAGUAUAUUUGCAGCAAACUAGAGUAUACUUAAAUGUUGCUAUAGGUUUACCAGUGUUUGUCACUAGGUAAAAAACAGGAGAGAAAUGUAGUAAUAAUGUCUGGUAUGAAGGAAAAAUCAAUAGCAGCUCAACAUAAAAUGGAAAUUGCAUGUAAAAGAUUAUUGCUGCAUUUUUUUCUUGCACCGUUUACAUUCAAUAUGAAUCAUUAGUAAUUCAAGGUUAGCAUAUUUAACAUUGAAUUGAUCUCAUGAAAGAGCUUUUAAAUAAAGGUUUUCUUAUGCAUAAAUCUCUUCUCUCUGCUUCAUGAUACAACUCAAUGGGAUUUGAUUGCUGCAAUAAUCAGAGUUUCAAGUUUAUCAUAUAUGAAAGCAAGUGUACACUUAUUCUUAUAAUGGAAUGUUUGUUUUGCUGGCUCAACACACAAGUGGGAAAUAAAAGUACUUAAGAGAAGUCAAAGU